CUCUGACUGCAGUGUCUUCCUGGCCUUCCAGGUGCCGGCUCAGUCUCAGCUAGACAUGUCCUGCCUCCAGGCACUGUGCUCUGGCCUUCCUCUGAGGCCUCUCCCGGAGAACCAAGGUCUCUGGGCUGGGGUGCCACAUGCCCCUGUCAGGACUCCUGGCCUCAACUUUGAGGAGAAGCAGCUGGCCCUGAGGAAUGCUCUGCGCUACUUCCCCCCGGACAUCCAGGAGCUGCUAGCUCCUGAAUUUGCCCAGGAGCUGCGACUGUAUGGGCACAUCUACAUGUACCGAUUCUGCCCCAACAUUGAAAUGAAGGCCUACCCGAUCGAGCAGUACCCCUGCCGGGUGAGAGCUGCUGCCGCCAUCAUGCACAUGAUCAUGAACAACCUAGACCCUGCAGUGGCCCAGUUUCCCCAGGAGCUGGUGACGUAUGGAGGAAAUGGGCAGGUGUUCAGCAACUGGGCUCAGUUCUGGCUGACCAUGUCCUACUUGUCGAAGAUGACAGAAGAGCAGACUCUGGUCAUGUACAGCGGGCACCCGCUGGGCCUCUUCCCCAGCAGCCCCAAUGCCCCACGGCUGGUCAUCACCAACGGGAUGGUCAUCCCCAACUACUCCUCCAGGACAGAGUAUGAGAAGCUCUUUGCCUUGGGGGUGACGAUGUACGGCCAGAUGACAGCAGGCAGCUACUGCUACAUCGGUCCGCAAGGAAUCGUCCAUGGCACUGUGCUCACCGUGUUGAAUGCUGCUCGCCGGUACCUGGGCGUCGAGGACUUGGCUGGGAAGGUCUUUGUCACCUCUGGACUUGGUGGAAUGAGUGGGGCUCAGGCUAAGGCCGCAGUCAUCACGGGGUGCAUCGGUGUGAUAGCAGAGGUGGAUAAAGCUGCCCUUGAGAAGCGCCACAAGCAAGGCUGGCUGAUGGAAGUGACUGACAGUUUGGACCACUGCAUCCAGAGACUCAGGGAAGCAAGGAAAAAGAAGGAGGUGCUCAGCCUUGGUUAUCACGGCAAUGUGGUGGAGCUUUGGGAGCGCCUGGUCCAUGUAUUGGACACAACAGGGGAGCUCUUGGUGGACCUGGGGUCUGACCAGACAUCCUGCCACAACCCGUUCAAUGGUGGCUACUACCCCGUGCAGCUCAGCUUCACCGACGCCCAGAGCCUUAUGGCCUCGGACCCCGCUGCGUUCAAGGGCCUGGUCCAGGAAAGCCUAAGGAGGCAUGUCUCAGCCAUCAACAGGCUGGCCAAAGAGAAAUUCUUCUUUUGGGAUUAUGGCAAUGCCUUCCUCUUGGAGGCCCAGAGAGCAGGAGCAGAUGUGGGGAAGAAAGGUGCCAGUAAGACGGAGUUCCGCUACCCCUCGUAUGUCCAGCACAUCAUGGGGGAUAUAUUCUCCCAGGGAUUUGGGCCUUUCCGCUGGGUAUGUACAUCAGGAGACCCCAAGGACCUGACUGUCACAGACCAGCUGGCCAUGUCUGUGCUGGAGCAGGCCAUUGCUGAUGGAGUGAAGGUGUCUGUGAAGCAGCAGUAUAUGGACAACAUCCGCUGGAUCCGGGAGGCUGCCAAGCACCAGCUGGUGGUGGGUUCCCAGGCAAGGAUCCUGUACUCGGACCAGAAGGGCCGUGUGGCCAUCGCAGUGGCCAUUAACCAGGCCAUUGCCCGAGGGAAGAUCAAGGCGCCAGUGGUCCUGAGCCGAGACCACCAUGAUGUGAGUGGCACUGACAGCCCAUUCAGAGAGACCUCCAACAUCUAUGAUGGCUCUGCCUUCUGUGCAGACAUGGCCGUGCAGAACUUCGUGGGAGAUGCCUGCCGUGGGGCCACCUGGGUCGCACUUCACAACGGAGGGGGCGUGGGCUGGGGUGAAGUGAUUAAUGGGGGAUUUGGCCUCGUGCUGGAUGGUACCCCAGAGGCUGAACAAAAAGCCAGGAUGAUGCUCAGCUGGGAUGUCUCCAAUGGCGUGGCCCGGCGCUGCUGGUCUGGGAACCAGAAGGCCUACGACAUCAUCUGCCAGACGAUGCAGGAGAACAAUGGCCUGGUGGUGACGCUCCCCCAUGAGGUUGGGGACAAGCUUGUGCUCCAGCAGGCCCUGCAGCUCUGAGAGGGGGCCAGAGCCAAGAGCCCUGGCUGCGGCCCCAGCAGCACCUCCUCCCUGGCCGGCUCACCUCCAGCCACAGUGCACCUUCCCACCUGCACACUUUCACUGCCCGGGCUUUGCACGGCCCUCAUGGUUGCCCUGGGUGGGGUGCUCCUGACAGUCCCAUUUCACAGAUGAGCCAGCAGAGGCCCAGAGAGGUGAAGCCCUUUGUCCAUCAUUCCUGCUUGCCUGGGAGCCUAGGGAGCUAGUGAUAGUGUUAUUUAGUCCUGAGUCCUCAAGCCUCCUGUGGGGGCGCCAGCUGAGCUAGAGACCAACUAGCCCCCUCCCAAGCCCGCUGGAGUUCUCUCUGGCCAGGUUUUGUCACUUGGUUGGCCUUGUGGUUGGCUUUCACCCUUUAUGCAACUCUACUUGCCUGUGCAAGUAUUAUUACUUUCUGUACCUUGGUGCCCCAGGAAGGGCAGGUGGGAAUAAAGGAUUAAACGGA